GUCGGCUACUGAAACCGCUUAAUGUUCGGAAGAAAGUUAAAAUAUGGGCAGAUAUGUGGUGUACGAUUGUGAUGUUGGCAAUGAUGACGCCUGGGGUCUGAUGAUGCUCAUUAAAGCUGAAGCAGUGUACAAAAAUCGUUCCGAAUUAGCAGAUUCACCAGCAAAAUUUGAAAUUAUCGGCAUCACAUGCGUACAAGGAAACACAAGUGUCGAUCAGACUCUGAUAAAUACGCUGCGAGUACUGAAAGCAGCCAGCAGAAAUGAUUUGGCAAUCUAUAAAGGUUGCAGUAAUCCCAUCAUGAAAAAUGAAUGGAAAAAUCCCGAAAAUUUUCAUGGAGAAGAUGGUUUUGGAAAUGUGGAACACGAGAAGCCAGUGGAUUUGAGUUUAGUGCGAGAAAAGCAUGCGGUAAUUGCGAUGUACGAUUUUGUUUGCAAGCACCCGAAAACGGUGGACUUCAUAUUGGUGGGGCCGCUGACCAAUUUUGCGACGUGCAUCAAUAUGUAUGGCUCAGCAUUUUUGGAUAAAAUUGGAAAAAUCUACAUUAUGGGUGGAAAUUAUAGGGGUAAGCAAUUAAUUAU